CAUAACGUUAUCCCCAUUAUAAUUUGCUAUUGUUCCUUUGCUAUGAUAGAUCGUGACGGAUUCACCCAGCAUCAAUUCUCUUGCACAUGUCGAGUGCUAUAUCUGGUUGGUGAGGCUAAACCCAUUCGCACAUUUUAAAUCAAGAUGGUACCUCCAAAGUUUGAUGACUUGGGCAAAGAAGCUAAAGAUUUAAUUAACAAAAAUUUUCAUUUUGGUGUAAUUAAAUUAGAAGGAAAAACUAAGACAAAGAAUGGUGUUGAGUUUACCACAGAAGGUAGUCACAACACAGACACUGGCAAUGUUGCUGGCUCUUUGGAAACUAAAUUUAAAUACUCUGAAUAUGGUGUGACAUUCUCCGAGAAGUGGAAUACUGACAACGUCAUCGCAACUAAUAUAACAAUUGAUGAUAAAAUUGCGAAGGGUUUAAAGGUUGACUUUGACACAACUUUUUCACCAGUUACUGGAAAAAAAUCUGCGAAAGUGAAAAGUGCGUAUAAGCACAAGCACCUUCACACCACUACAGAUGUAGAUUUUGAUUUUGCUGGUCCAACUGUACAUGGUUCGGCUGUUUUUGGUUACAAUGGCUGGCAUGCAGGCUACCAAGCCUCGUAUGACACUGCCAACUCAAAAUUGACAGCUAACAAUGUCAGUUUGACUUACAAGGAUGGCGACUUUGUUAUUCAUUCCGGAAUUAUCGAUGCUACGAAAUACGUUGGUUCAGUCCACCACCAAGUAAAUUCUAAACUUAGUGCAGCUGCUUUAUUGAACUGGACUUCUGGUUCUAGUACAACAUCUUUCACUGUUUGUGGAAAAUACACCAUGGAUAAUGACACUUAUAUGAAGGCCAAGAUCGACAACAAUCUACGUCUUGGACUUUCAUAUGUUCAGAAGAUACGCCCUGGUGUUAACCUUACCUUAUCCUCCUUGAUCAACGCCAAAUCGCUAGAACAGGGCGGACACAAAUUAGGCUUAAGUUUAAAUUUCGAAGCUUAAAUUCAAUUUAUUAAAGAAUUCUGUAAAAGUCAAGUCAUCUGUAUCAAUGACUAGGCCAUUCGAACAUUUCUGGCAGUGAAUUUUUGUUUAGAUUCAUAUGAAAAAUUGUUCAUGUGAGAUUUUUCUUUACCUGAUUGUCAACUGUAAUAUUAUAGAAUUUUCAUAAUAUGAAAAUUUGAACUUUUA